AUGGCGGCCGGGGGAGGCGGGCGACCGGGCAGCGGCGCCAGGCUGGGGAGCCGAGCGGGGGCGGCGGGCGGCGGCGGCGGGGCGCCCCCCGAGAAGCUCCCGGUCCAUGUAGAGGACGCCCUCUCCUACCUUGACCAGGUGAAGAUCCGCUUUGGCAGUGACCCAGCCACCUACAAUGGAUUCCUGGAAAUCAUGAAAGAGUUCAAGAGCCAAAGCAUCGACACCCCUGGUGUAAUCCGGCGUGUCUCUCAGCUGUUUCACGAACAUCCUGACCUUAUUGUGGGAUUCAACGCUUUCCUGCCUUUGGGUUACAGAAUAGAAAUUCCAAAGAAUGGGAAACUCAGCAUUCAGUCCUCUCUGGCUGGCCAGGUCUCUCUGGAGGCGGUUCAAAGUCCCUUCUUGCUCCAUUAUUGCCAGGAUAAGGCCCACAAUCAUGGCGACUGCCCUGAGGACUUCCGGCACCAGGUGUCCUGCAAGGACGACAAGCUUCAGAUGCCACUGGAGUCCGACUCAGUGGAGUUCAACAAUGCCAUUAGUUACGUGAACAAGAUCAAGACCCGUUUUCUUGACCACCCUGAAAUCUACCGCUCCUUCCUGGAAAUUCUUCACACGUACCAGAAGGAGCAGCUGAGCACCAAAGGCCGUCCAUUUCGAGGCAUGUCUGAAGAGGAGGUUUUCACAGAAGUAGCCAAUCUCUUCCGGGGUCAGGAAGAUUUGCUCUCCGAGUUUGGACAGUUCCUUCCUGAAGCAAAGAGAUCUUUGUUCACAGGGAAUGGGCCAUGUGAUGCAAACAGCAUGCCUAGAACGGAGCAGGAGAAGCCACUGGAGCACAGUAAGAAGCGGUCAAGAUCCUUGUUGCUCCAUCCCGUUCCUGGCCCAGCUAAGAAGAAGAUGAAACUGAGAGGGACAAAGGACCUGUCGGUUGCAACAGUGGGGAAAUACGGGACUCUGCAGGAGUUCUCUUUCUUCGACAAGGUGCGCAGAGUCCUCAAGAGCCAAGAAGUCUAUGAGAACUUCCUCCGCUGCAUCGCUCUCUUCAACCAAGAACUGGUGUCAGGCUCUGAACUUCUCCAGCUGGUCACACCCUUUUUGGGGAAAUUUCCUGAACUCUUUGCCCAGUUCAAGUCCUUCCUUGGUGUGAAAGAGCUUUCCUUUGCCUCUCCCCUGAGUGAUCGCUCUGGGGAUGGAAUGUGCCGGGAGAUUGACUAUGCCUCCUGCAAGCGCAUCGGCUCCAGUUACCGGGCCCUUCCCAAGACCUACCAGCAGCCCAAGUGCAGCGGCAGGACGGCCAUUUGCAAGGAGGUGCUGAACGACACUUGGGUCUCAUUUCCCUCCUGGUCCGAAGACUCUACUUUUGUUAGCUCCAAGAAAACACCCUAUGAGGAACAGCUGCACCGUUGUGAAGAUGAGCGCUUUGAGCUGGAUGUUGUCCUGGAGACCAACCUGGCCACCAUCCGGGUGCUGGAAAGCGUGCAAAAAAAACUGUCCCGCAUGUCGCAAGAUGACCAGGAGAAGUUCCGGCUAGACGACUGUUUGGGUGGCACCUCAGAAGUGAUCCAGCGCCGGGCCAUCUACCGCAUCUAUGGUGACAAAGCACCAGAGAUCAUUGAGAGCCUGAAAAAGAACCCUCUCACGGCUGUUCCUGUUGUCCUGAAGAGGCUGAAGGCCAAAGAGGACGAGUGGCGCGAGGCCCAGCAAGGCUUCAACAAGAUCUGGCGGGAGCAGUAUGAGAAGGCUUACCUGAAGUCUCUUGACCACCAGGCCGUGAAUUUCAAGCAGAAUGACACAAAAGCAUUGCGCUCCAAGAGUCUGCUCAACGAAAUUGAGAGCGUGUACGAUGAGCACCAGGAGCAGCACUCUGAUGGGAGGGGAACAAUGAAUGAACCGCAUCUCAUCUUUGUCUAUGAGGACAAGCAGAUCUUGGAUGACGCUGCAUCUCUCAUCAGCUACUAUGUGAAACGGCAGCCCACCAUCCAGAAGGAGGACCAAGCCACCAUCCGGCAGAUCGUCCAGCGAUUUGUCCCUGAUCUCUUUUUCUCACAGUUGGCAGAGCACACCCUUUCUGAAGAGCUCCUGAGUGAGGAAAAGGGUAGCCUCAAGGCUACCCCUGUGGACACACGCGACUUGCGGAAGCGGAACACCCCAGGCCCCCAAUCCAGUGCCCUGGAGAGCAAGACCCCAACAGUGGAGGUGCACGAGUUGCGCAAAAGACCUGUGCUCGGGCCUCCUCCCAGCCCACUGGAAGAGAAGCAGCCGAUGUUGGAAGGCCACGAGCUGCGCAAGAGGAACCCCCCCGUGCCCCCCGCUAGCCCUGCUAGGGACAAGAGGGGUGGCCUUCCACCUCCCUCUGGGCCCCACCGGUCACUGGAUGAUGUCUACACACUCUUUUUUGCAAACAACAACUGGUACUUUUUCCUGCGACUUCACCAGACACUGUGUGCAAGGCUCCUCAAGAUUUAUCGGCAGGCGCAGAAGCAGCUGUUGGAGUAUCGAACGGAGAAGGAAAAGGAGAAGCUCCUUUGCGAAGGCCGGAAGGAGCGGUCAAGCGACCCAGCCCUGGAGCUGCGGCUGAAACAGCCAAGCGAAGUGGAACUGGAAGAGUAUUACCCAGCAUUCUUGGACUUGGUGAGAAAUCUGCUGGAUGGCAACAUCGACCCCACCCAGUAUGAGGACACUUUGCGGGAAAUGUUCACCAUUCAUGCCUACAUUGGCUUCACCAUGGACAAGUUGGUGCAGAACAUUGUUCGGCAGCUGCAUCAUUUGGUAAGCGAUGAUGUCUGCCUCAAGGUUGUGGAGUUGUACCUUGGUGAGCAGAAGCGGGGUGCGGCUGGGGGUAACCUGUCCUCGCAGUGCGUGCGGGCAGCCAAGGAGACAAGCUACCAGUGGAAGGCCGAGCGCUACAUGGCGGAUGAGAACUGCUUCAAGGUGAUGUUCCUCCAGAGGAGAGGCCAGGUGAUCAUGACCAUCGAACUUCUGGACACAGAAGAGACCCAAACGGAAGACCCGGUGGAGGUCCAGCACUUAUCUAACUAUGUGGAGCAAUAUGUGGGUGCUGAGGGGGCCCUGAGUGGUCAGAAUGAAGGCUUCUUUUUGAAACCCAUCUUCUUGCAAAGGAAUCUCAAGAAGUUCCGACAGUGGCAGUGCCAGCAGGUGCAGGCCUUGCGUGAGAAGGCCAGGAGCUCCUGGAAGCAGCUGAUCGGGGUGGAGAGUGCCUGCAACAUGGACUGCAAGUUCAGACUGAACACCCACAAGAUGCUCUUCAUCAUGAAUGCAGAGGACUACAUGUACCGCAGGGGGGCCCUCUCCCGGGCCAGUCGGGCACAACCCCUGGUUUUGCUGCGGCACCACCAGCGCUUUGAGGGGUGGCACCGGCACUGGCUGGCAAGGCACGUGACUGCAGAGGCUGCAGAGCUGGUCCAGGACUGGCUGAUGGGAGACGAGGACGAGGACUUGGUACCUUGCAAGACCACCUGUGAGACCAUGAGCAUCCACGGGGUGCCCAUUAACCGGUAUCACGUGCAGUACAUUCGCCAGCCAGCCUCGCCCUGACUACGAGGCCACUCUGUGGGAGCCAUGUAGGUACCGCUGGUAUUUAUCACUCGCCAGUGUUUUCCUUGGGAUUGUGACAAUUGGGGGUAAUGAUGGCAUAUUUUUUUUCCAUGUGGCAUAGAUGUGAUUUGCCCUGGCUGGGUAGCCUGUCCUCGGGCUGCUGCGGGGUGACCUGGAGCUUUUCAGCUACGUAUGCUGAGCAGGGGCUUGAGCCCACAGGAAGCGUCAUUUAGCUCAAGGAGGGUGGCCAGUGCGACUUGAAGGAAUGUGAAGGCUGGCUGUGCCUGGCGCUGGGCAAAGCCAGAAGGUCCGGUUCUGACCUGUGGGGUAAUUGGGCCUACGGUGAAAACCCCCGACUCUCAAGUCUUGUAGGCCUGCAAGGCUGUGCAGCGAUUGUAUGAAGUCGAGUGAGAGGAGGGCUCCCCCCCCUCUUUCCCUUGCUCCCACCUGCGGCCUGUGUGGCUGAGUCAUUCUGGUGGCCAUCCCACGGCAGAGUCUAGCCACAGCAGGGUCUGCCUUUCUGCGCUGCCAGCCCUGUGACGUCGCUGGCGUUUUGACCACAGGAGGGGGGGGGUUGUUUUUUGUCAGGACUCUUAAGGCAGGAAGGAAGCCGGGAGUUGCUCGCAGCCUUGUGUUGCCUCUCUUCCCGCAUCCUGGUGCAGGCGUGGCACAGCUGGUUUCAGAAGUAAAAGUGACACCUCAGCACUCCCAUAGCUCAUUUUACUUCCCCCGCAUCUCCUGCAAAGUUCCCCAUGGCAGCAUGAGAGGGUCUCCUCUAGAGCAGAACGAGGCGCGUGUCCAUGGCAGGGUGUGUGCGCGAGACAGCAAUGCUGACUUUGUUCCACUCCUUCCUGCCCAGUUUGUGAUGGGAGGGGUGGUCCUUGCUGAGUCGUAGCUUUGAUUUGCAAGAUAAUCCGUGUGAGAAGCUGAGUCCUUGUCAGCAGCAGCUGCUGGCCUCCCCACUCUGCAAGGAAGAAACUGCUUGUGGCUGCUGGCACUUGCGUAUUGAUGGAGGGCAGGCUUCAGGCAUUCGAUACGGUUUAGACCCCGUGCUGUGCACACUGUGUCCCUGCUUCCCUGCUGCCUCUUCCUCCGUUUCCCAAGCAGAGAGAACCAGUGGUGCCAAAUUCACAUUUCCCACCAGGGACUUCAUGCUAGCUUGUGGCUUGGCUUGUGUUUUGCGGUUGGGGGGAUUGUGAAGUUUGUGAAUUCUGUCUUCUUCCAGCCCUCCAUACCUCCCUCCUAGAAGUGUACUUUGGGCCAUUGUUACGCAUCUUUUAUUUUAUACCCUAAUUAAUUUAUAUUUUCAGUGGAUAAAGUAAGCAUGUAGCCACCUCAUCCCAGAUGGGGCGAGAGCACAUGCCGCUCGAAGCCAGUGGCUGGAGGACAGGAGGUAGCGGUACUUCUGUUCUCUGAAGGAUCUCUGGCUUGAGGGAAGGGGGGAGCUUGCAUUCGCUUUGCCAACUCGUUUGAAUGUAGUUUUUUAAAAAAUAUUUAUUUGCACAUUAAGUAAAAUAAAAUAUCCAUUUUGAAAUG